ACCUACGAGAAAAAUCUAGAUACAUUUCGUCUGUAAUCGGGCGAUACACGACUAGUUGUCAUCUAGAUUACUAGUUGGAAAAGGGACUUUUAACUAGAUGCGUCUGCAGGCGCAUCUAGCAAUAGUUGAAUCGAUCUAUUAUCGGGUGAUAAAUCAAUAGUUGCAACUAGAAAAAAUCUAGUAAUCGUCCAAUUACUAGAUUUCCACUGUGGUUACACAGUAGUUGCAAUCGAGUAAAAAUCUAGUAAUCUAGAUGAAUCUGGCGAUACUAGAUUUUUUUUUGACGCUUGGGUAGUGGCGAUUAACUUGUUUUUAAUGCUGCAGUACCACCAUUAAUACAAUUUUUCAAAGGUUUAUCAGCAAAGAAACUACAAAAUGAUGUGGAAGAAUUAUCACAAAAGUUAGUGCAAGCAAAUGAAGAUAGUGGUAAAUUAAAAAGAAAACUAUCGGAUAUGAUACAAAAUCAUGGUCGUAUUAUGGUAUGA